GUCAUUUUUUCCCGAAAUCAAUUGAGUCAUUAAUUAAGGAAAGGGGUUUAAAAUGCUCAUCUUUGUUCCGGAAUACAAAAAGACGAAAAAAGGGUCACCGUGAUCGAUGAAACAUUGGGUAUUGUGCCUGAAAAUCGACUUGUUUCAUGCUGAAAGGGACCUAAAAACGGUUACACAAAACAACAAAACGCCCAAUCCACGUGUUCUGCCACUACUCUUCACCCUUUCAGCUUAUGUGUCACCUAUCGCCCCUGCUUCUGCUCUCAUGUAUUUCUCCGCCAUUUUCUCUCUGCUACAUAACGCUUAUCUAGCCAUCUUCAUCACAAUUUUUACGCCCUAAUUUGAUAACGUUAUUCCAUCAUUGCAUGUUCCAUUAGCUUCAGCGGGGAUUCACGUUUUCCCUCGUUGGAGUUUUUGGGGGAAAUGAAUGGGAAUAAUGGGGCGGAGGAAUUAGAAACUGCCCCCUUUGAAAUAGGCGUGGUGGUUCCGAAGAGUUCAGGAAAUAACAAGGAUGAAGAUGAAACUAUUGAUUGUGUUGAGGUUCUCGUUGAGGAAUUUCGAAAAGCGGGAUUAAUUGUUGACAGAAUUGUUGGCCUUCAGAAUGAAUUCAUCAGGUUGGGAGCGCCAUUAAAAACUCUUGGCCAGGCUGCAGCAGAGUUGCAGUUGAAGAAACGGACUCACAUCGGUGUGGAUUUGCAAUUUCACUGGGAUGAGGUUGAAGCAUAUGAAAGGCAGCCAGAUGGUUCUUUGUUUAGUUGGUUUGAGCGCUACUGUUGCUACCGUCACAUAAUAUAUGGGAUUGUGAACACAAGCACCUCAACAGUUAUAUUAAAGUCUGAUGGAAAUGAGGUGCACUGGGAGCCAGGAAAGCCUCUUUUGUCAACAUUGGAGUCUAUGGGCAUCGUUAAAGAAGUGUUCCCUGUGCAUGAUGAAAAAAAGAGGAAGCAGCUUCUAAGAAGUUGGGCAUUGAACUGGUGGGACUUCACUGUGCAACCUAUAGAUGAUAUUUGUAACUAUUAUGGAACGAAGAUAGCUUCCUAUUUCGCGUUUCUUGGGAUGUACACAAGAUGGAUGCUCUUCCCAGCUGCAUUUGGACUUACAGUGCAGUUAGUGGAUUUUGGGUCAUUGCAGUUGUUUGUCCUUUCUGCUUUCUUCAUAAGCAUAAUUUCUUGGGCUGUGUUAUUUAUCCAAUUCUGGAAACGUAAAAACUCGGCGCUUCUUGUCAGGUGGCAGAUGAAUUAUCCGGCUGGUGUAGACAAUGGAUCUAAAUUCUUGGAAGGUGAAUGGUAUCAGUUUCAGUCCCCUGUGGAGCUCAUGAAGAAACAGGGAGCUGACAAAAUAGAUAAACCAAGAGGAAAAGAAGCAUUCCAAAGAGAGGAAUGGCUCGGUCAUUUCAUGAGAUUCAGAAAUGAUGCCAUGAUUAUACUGAGCAUCAUAUGCCUCCAGUUGCCUUUUGAAUUGGCUUUUGCUCAUGUCUAUGAGGUUUUGAGGUCUGACGUAUCAAAGUUUUGUCUGACAGCUGUAUACCUCUUUAUUAUUCAGUACUUCAACAAAAUUGGUGGAAAGAUAUCAGUGAAGCUUGUAAAAUAUGAGAACAACAAAAACAUAGAACGGAGAGCUGACAGUUGGGUUUACAAGGUCUUUGGCCUUUACUUCAUGCAAUCCUACAUUGGAAUCUUCUAUCAUGCUUUAUUACACCGCAAUAUUAUGACACUUCGCCAAGUUCUCAUUCAACGUCUAAUUAUAUCAGAGGUGCUGGAGAAUAUGUUGGAGAACUCUCUACCUUACUUAAAAUACAGCUUUAAGAAAUAUAGAGCAGUGGGAAACAAGAGAAAACGUGAGAAAGGAACGUCCUCUGAAAAGACCCAAUACAUGUCUAGAGUAGAAAAGGAGUACCUUAAACCUGAUUAUUCUGCUAGUAUUGGAGAGGAGCUUGAAGACGGACUUUUCGAUGAUUUUCUGGAAUUGGCAUUGCAAUUUGGCAUGAUCAUGAUGUUUGCUUGUGCAUUUCCACUUGGUUUUGCCUUUGCUACUUUGAACAAUAUCACAGAGAUACGAACAGAUGCACUGAAAUUGCUUGCUAUGUUAAGAAGGCCCAUUCCACGUCCUGAUGCAACGAUUGGAGCUUGGCUAAACAUAUUUCAGUUUCUGAUUGUCAUGUCAAUAUGUACGAACUGCAUUCUCCUCGUAUGCCUAUAUGAUCAUGAGGGGAAAUGGAAAAUAUCACCUGGAAUUGCUGCAAUUCUCAUUAUGGAACAUGUACUUCUGCUCUUAAAAUUUGUGUUCUCGCGCAUUGUUCCCGAGGAGCCGGCCUGGAUAAGAGCUAAUAGGAUGAAGAACGCAACUCAUGUACAUGAUAUGUGCUCCAGACAGCUUUUAAGGAGCAUUUCUGGUGAAAAGAUGCAUGCUGAAUUAAAAAAAGGUGAGUAGUGCUAUGUUGAAGGACUUAUGACAUGUUCCUCCUAUCCACACUACAGUUUAACCUUCAUUCUUCAAGCGAAAUUUGAAGGUAGAUGUCGGAGCAUAUAUGAGAUUUUGAGCUGUGUAACUGUGCAACGAAUGAAUUUCAUCUUAGUGGACCCUUAGGUGCCAGUGUGCUUGUUUAGCAAGCCAGUGUAAAGUGCGAUUUUCUUCCUUGAAAGUAAAUAAGUUUUGUUUUUUUAUUGAGCAGUUAAUUUAGGUACCAUUUCCAUGCCAAGCACGAAUUUUAUUUAUAAGGGUACAUGGAUAAUUCAUGCUCAA